ACACGAUAGCAUUAACUCUCGAACCCUUUUCCCCCAAUUCUCUGUUCACAGCAAAUGUUCACUCUUUAGAAAAACCCUAGAGAGAGAGAGAGAGAGAGAGAGCGCGCGCGAAGAAGUGUUGCUUUAGUGAGAGCAAGAGAUGGAUGCGCUAAGGAAGCAACUCGACGUGCUGAUGGGAGCGAACCGGAACGGCGACGUGAGGGAGGUCAAUCGCAAGUACUACGAUCGUGACGUUUGUCGUCUCUUCUUGGUCGGCCUCUGUCCUCAUGAACUCUUCCAAUUAACUAAAAUGGAUAUGGGUCCGUGUCCGAAGGUGCACUCAUUGCAGCUAAGGAAAGAAUAUGAAGAAGCCAAAGCAAAAGGUCUCGAUAACUAUGAUAGGGACUUGGAGGAUGUUAUCGAUAGACUUAUUGUUGAGUGUGAUAGAAAAAUUACUAGAGCUCUCAAACGUCUUGAGGAUGAGGAUGCAAAAGCUGCUAUUGCAAUUUCCGUGACUGAGGUUACACAGACACCUGAGAUUAUUGAGUUAUCGAAACAGAUCAGGGAGAAGUUGAAAGAAGUUGAUCAAUAUGAUCUGGAAGGCAAGACAGAUAUGAAAAUUCGAGCUUUGGAAAUAGUGGAAGAACUCAGAACAAAAAGAGCUGACAAACAGUCAAUUCUUCUUUUGGAUGCGUUCAACAAAGAUCGAGCUUCUUUACCUCAGCCCCUUCCAAACCCGCCACCAUUGGCCCCCUUGCAAGUAGUUGUCCCUGAUCCUCAUACACAAGAAAUGAUAAAUGAGAAGCUGAAGAGAGCAGAAGAUCUUGGUGAGCAAGGAAGGGUUGAUGAAGCACAAAAAGCAUUGGAAGAGGCUGAAGCACUUAAGAAGCUGGCUCCCAGACAGGAACCCGUUUUGGAUUCCUCCAAGUACACUGCUGCCGAUGUUCGCAUUACUGAUCAGAAGCUACGUGUCUGUGACAUUUGUGGAGCGUUUUUGAGCGUUUAUGACAGUGACCGCCGUUUAGCAGAUCAUUUUGGAGGAAAGCUUCACUUAGGCUAUAUGCAAAUCCGUGAGAAGUUAGCUGAGCUUCAAGAAGAGAGGAACAAGAAACGGAAGGCCUUAGAAGAUGAGAGAAGAUCAAAAGAACGAAGCCAGGAACGUGAUAGGGGAGUGAGCAGGGAUCGGGAUCUGGGAGACAGCCGUGAACGGGGGAGGAAUUAUGAUCAUAGGAGUAGAGAUUAUGAUAGGUAUAAUGAUCGUGAUUGUGAUCGUGAUCGUGAUCGUGGGCAUGAUCGAGAGCGUGACAGAGAGAGAGAUCGGUCUCGCAGCUAUGAUUCAAGGAGUCGCAGGAGGUCACGGUCACGGUCAAAGGAACGCUCCAAGGAUUAUGAUCGCCACAGGCGUUAUGAUCGGUAUUAGCUGACGAGUCCAGCUGAACGGAUGAAUAUGGAAAUUGGUGUCCUUGUCUCGGUCAAAGGGAUAGAAGUUCUGUAUGGGGAGAAAUGAUGUCUGCUUUGCAUUGAGUUAAUAUAUAUUUAUCUUUUUUCCGUCCUAGUGGAUUUCGUGGAUUUGAUAUGUCUUUUGUUAUCAGUAGAAGACUACUGUAUCUUUAUAGAUUUUUGUUAUGCUGUCUUUUGUAUUAUACCAUUAUUGGCUUAGUAACCCUUUCCUUUGUACUUAGCCGGCUAAUCUGCACGUUAUGCUGGUUCAUCUUUAUCAGUGGCUUUAAGCAUGGUUGUCAUUGGAAGAACAUCCACAUCGCUUGCAGUAGAAUUGUACGUGAUUUGGGAACAAAUCACAGAAUCCAAUUUCUUAGACUGGCUCGAACUUGAGCAGAUAGAAAUGUGAACCAAUUUUGAACA